GUAUUCUCCAGCUACGAUUGCAUAACAAAGUCUGACGUUAAGACCCAGGUUGCAACAGUACCUAGCGAAUUUACUCUGACCCACUUGGGUAACAGGUGUUUCUUACCGGGAGGAAAGAUGCAGGAGGAGAGCGUUUAUGCCUUAAUCCCGAACCCGCAAGAGGUGCCCACGCGGCCGCCGAUGCACACCUCUAAGUUUCCUGGAAAGACACAUCCGGUUCAGUUUGAGUUCGGGCAAAAUAAAGUCCAGGGCCAUGCCACCAUGGGGCGACCAGAUGGCCUGAACGGACCCACUAAGCUAAGCGCACAUGAGAAGGAGCCCAGACUUCCAGCACCUGGGCCCCCAACCAAUCCGAAGACCAAGAUCCGACCCCCGGUGCCUAGCAAGGACGAUCCGCCGAAGAUGGGACUUACGAGCAACAAGAACUUCAUUACCACGAACGCCGUGGAGGUCAUGCUUGCUAAACCGGGCAAGGUGCCGCAGCCGGAGUUCCAGUGGACCAUGAAGCCAGACUACGGGAAAGUGCCGCUGUACCUAAAGCGCAACAAGCAGCGGAUAGCAAAGGAGAAGGAGCAGUUCUCGCAGUACAUCCGCGUACGAGAAGCACCAGAAUCCAACGCCAACGUGAGCCAGCUGUCGCCCGACGACCGCAGCCAGCUCAUCCGGCACCUCAAGAUCAAGUGGGACAGCAUCAACACCGCCUACCAGGGGCUGUCCCUCACGGUGGACACGGCCAUGAAGAAGAUCCGCAAGGAGGCCAUGGAGCGGGAGCUGGCGGAGAUCGAGCGCGACAUUCGGACACUGGAGCGCGGCGAGGUGGUGCUGGUGGUGGAGGACUAAAGCGGCGGCGGCGGCGAGGUGUGUGUGGAGGAGGCGUCGAGAGCGGCCUGAGCAGCCAGGGGACUGAAGCGGCGGUCGCAGCAGCAGCGUUUGGCGAUGCUUGCUAAGCAUGGAACCGGGUCAGGGUUAAGAAACGGGGCUGUAGACGCCGCGUGUUAGGCUGAAGUGCGUCUGCUAGUCGGUGUAAGGAAGGGCCGACAAUUGCAGGUUGCGCUUGGAGGUACCAUAUUGAUAGACAGGGCAGGGGCUUUGCUGCGCGGCACACGUGCAUAGGGGGCUUAGGGCUGGGCUUGCCGGGGUGGCAGGUUCCUAGCGGUGGAGUGGAUAAGGAAUGGAGAAGGGGAGGGGUAGCUAGCAUGGCCAUGUAGGCUGGACCUACCAACAGGAAGUCAUCGUGCGGCUCCGUUGCAUGUGCUGAAGUGCAGCGACAGGAGGGGAGCUGGUGGGUUUAGGCCUGGCUCGGCAGCAUGCUCGGGACGAUGAUGGAGUCCGUAGUUUAGUAGCAACGUGUGACGUCAACUGAACCGUGUGGUGCCAUGGUUCUUAGCUAUAUCUGUUAAAGCUAGCUGGAGUAUAUGGAGGAAACGCACGAGAUAGGGUCUAAACGAAUCGCUGCUGGCAUAUUAGAUAGACAUUAAGGUACGGUAUAUAGAUGUGUAUGUACAACGGUGACAAAAAACAGGUGCUUGUACUGGGGGAUAGGAACGAUGGUGACUAUGGUGGCAUUCGGACUGAAAGGUUUGUAUGGGUGAUGAUUGUCACCCAUGUGGCGGUUUCUUGGGGCUAAUGUACCCUUUUUUGUAACCAUUAUGGCGUGGA